AAAAAAAAAAAAGAGCAAAGCUUUGAUUGCAUUUGCAUAAAUGAUAUGAUAAACAAAACCAUAUACAAAUAGCACGAAACCGAAGCGACGCUAUUCCUAACAUAAAAAAAUGUCUCUGUUUUCCUCUAUCCCAAGUUUGAAGCGUCUUAUAGGAAGAUAAUGUCGUGGCAGCAAAAUCUCUUGACACUCAUCGAGAAUACGCCUUUAAACAAUAUUGACGGAGAAGUGAUCAGGAUUAUGGCAGAAAUACAAGAUCCGCCAUUACUUGAAUUACUUGGGAACUCAUUGAAGGUGGGGGAGUUGCUAAAAACUGCGCUUGAGCAACAACUAAGUAAUAGAGACAAUAGACAGGCAUUACUUAUUCUUCAAGCUCUGGCACGUAUUCCUUUUCACAAGCUCAUUCUAGUGAAGAAUGCACUCGGAAAGGCAGUAGGUAGAGCGAAAAAGGUUGCUACAAGGAACGAUGAUAAUCUACUGAAAGAUAUGACUGAACAUGUCAUUGAGCAUUGGACAAAGUUGUAUAAUACUGGCAGCAGUAGAGGCAGUAAUGAUAACAAUGAUGUAGCGACUUCGCCCAGCGAUUCUAAUAGUUCUGUCAAUAAUGCAGCGACCAAUAAUGAUACCCAGAAUUUUGCCGUUAAAAGCAAUAUACCCUACAAUAGCAACAGCACGAAAGCGAAUAGUCCUGUUGAUCUCGCCAUAUCUAAAGAACCCCCAAUGUUCAUCAACAAUGAUGGCUCAACAGCUGCAACCUGGAGUAGUGGACCAUCACUUAUACCAAACCGUACUGCUGCGUAUUCAACUGUCAGCCAUACCAGUAGCAUUGAUAACGUAACAAAAACGCCUAGGGUGCAGCUCGGAGAAACUGAUCUCAAUGGUGGACUUCAAAGAAAGCGUUCAAAGGAUGAUGAUCAAAUCCCUCCUGCAAAAAGGGUUCGAUUUAAAGACGACUUGACUGACGUGAGACUCUUUGAUAGGCAUCCUUCAGAAUGGCAAACUAUGCUAAGCAAAGAAAAAGAGAAUCAAUCUAAAUCGAAUAGUGAUGAACGGAAUGAAACGAAUGCUUGGCACAGGCCUCCCAAAUUGAAAUUGAGCAACCCUAAUAUUGUUUUACGAGGGCGAGUUGACUCACCUGAAGCAAUUGCACAAAGAAAUAGAGAGGCGACGACUUUGCAAGCUGCUUAUCUCGAUGAUACGAGAUUCUUACCGAUGACUCCAAAAGAACCAGACAAAGACGAUAAUGCUGUUGACAAUAAUUCACCAGCAGUGCCUAUUAUUCCUUUACAAGAUAUUAGUGCAAUUCCUACCAUUGAAUCUAACAAUACAAUAAACGUAAAGGACGAAAACAGUCAUCAUUUGGCGGACAAAGGUCCUGCCGCUCAAAUGCCAGCUUUAGUAGAUCCAAAUACAGAUACCCUGAACACGCCAACAACUGCACUUUCUGAUAAUGCGAACAAAGCAAUCAAUGAACUCGAUCAAAUAGAGAAAAUCAUUAACAGUAAUCCAGAGCUUCUUGCAACAUUCAAAGAACUAUGCCAUUGUGCCAAGCAAAAGCAGGAUCUAACCGACAUUGAAGCUGUCCAAUUCAUUGAACAGCAAGCGCAACCAGAACAAUCAAUUCUACAACAGGUUCCAUCAAAUGAUGCGGAGGAUAUGAAUGAUGCAGACAAAGGGGACUAUAGCUCUCGUACCGGCAAUAACUAUAAACCAUAUACUUGCCGUACUAGUACCAGCAGCCAUGAUAGUUCUAUUAGUAGCACUAGCACUCGUGGAAGCCGCGGUGUUAGCCACAGAGGCCAUGCUAGCAAGAAUGCUCGUCCUAUGUGCCAUUUCUAUAACACAAAAAGGGGAUGCAGGAGAUCCCCUUGUCCUUUUAGGCAUGUUGAUCCGGAAUAGUAGUCACUUAUAAUACCCUUUUUGCUUCAGCAAUUACAUAUUAGCCAUAGACUAUGAAUCUUAACACUAUUUUAUAGAGCAACGUACAGAUUCUAUAAUAAACCAAACAACAGCGAUGACGCUAUCUGCUUGGCUAAAAAGCACACUGUUUCGUUUAAAAGCCAGAUUUUUCUUUUUCAUUUUUUUUUCAAGAAUAUAAGAAAGAAUAGGAGGGUCGGCGUCACUUUGCGGGUAGUGUAAGGCAAAGGACACCUGCGGAAACCCGAGAUAGCAAGCCAGAGCCCAGGUUUCCAGGAGGAAAAAAUUAGAUUAACAACGUGAGGAACUAUGUUCCUCAUUAUAGUUGUUAAACUAUAAAGAACAGAUACUACACUUGAUCUUAGCCAAAAGGCCUGAGAGGAUAAAGAUCUCAUCCUUUUCUGCGUUUUCGAUGCCUUUUUAUACUUUUUGGACAGAUGCUGCGGAGGGAGAAAA